GUUAAUAAGUAGAUAUAAAAAACUCUAUUAUUGAAAAGGCAACCUAGUUAAUAAGUAGGGGGCUAAAAAAUCAGGUUUUGCCCCUAUUGAUUUGACACUAAGGAACGGUAAAAUUCUUACUUGUUUUUUAAAGAUCUAAUCACUGGCAAAUAACCCAAUCACAAUAGAGAACUUCUCUCCUUGAUAAUAAAAUGAUUUUUUUAAUCCCCUCUUGAUUUGACACUAAGGAACAGUAAAAACCUUACUUGUUCUUCCCCUCUUCCGCGUGGAAAAACUGAAUACCCUCUUGGUAAUAAAAUGAUUUUUUUAAUCCCCUCUUGAUUUGACACUAAGGAACAGUAAAAACCUUACUUGUUGAGAUGAGUGAGAUGGAGUUGAAGGGAGAUAAAAGAAAAAAUAACAAAAAGAAAGCAAAGAAUAAUUAUAAAAAACUCUUUUAUUGAAAAAACAACCUAGUUAAUAAGUAAAUAUAAAAAACUCUCUUAUUGAAAAUACAACCUAGUUAAUAAGUAGGGGGCUAAAAAAUCAGGUUUUGCCCCUAUUGAUUUGACACUAAGGAACAGUAAAAUUCUUACUUGUUCUUUUAAAGAUCUAAUCACCGACAAAUAACCCAAUCACAAUAGAGAACUUCUCCCCUUGAUAAUAAAAUAAUUUUUUUUAAUCCCCGCUUGACUUGACACUAAGUAACAGUAAAAACCUUACUUGUCCUUCCCCUCUUCUGCGUGGAAAAACUAAACUCUCUUGAUAAUAAAAUGAUUUUUUUAAUCCCCUCUUUAUUUGAUACUAAGGAACAGUAAAAACCUUACUUGUUGAGAUGAGUGAGAUGGAGUAGGAGGGAGAUAAAAGAAAGAAUAACAAAAAGAAAGCAAAGAAUAAUUAUAAAAAACUCUCUUAUUGAAAAGACAACCUGUUGGAGGGUUAGAAGUCAGAAUUGUAGUUUUCUUAUUGAAGAGGACCGUUGCUGAUUUCAAGGAAGAGAAAAGGAAAGCCUUAGCAUUUUAUGUCAUCAGGACUUUCUUUCCUUUUCUGAUGCCAACGGCUCUGCCUCUGUAUGGCUAUAUAAAGUCUUCAUCCUCUUGCUUGAAUUAACUUUUUGUAAUGAAAAAGAUAGCGGUAGAGGGCUAGGCUUUGGCAUUAUAAAGGGCUUGACGAGUAUAGAGGCAUAGGUUCUAUAUCGUCAAGGUUGUGGCGGGUCUGGAUUGGGAUCCGGAUUCUUUCUAUUGUUCUUGUUAUUUACGUUCUUCUUUUGAAUUCCUCUUUAUAGGUAAAAUCAAUAAAAAGAGUCUCCUAGAAAUCAGUGGUACUGAUUCUAGGACGAAGACUGACCAGUAGUUUGGGAACCUCGUUAAAAAUUUCUUGUGUUCUUCCUUCCAUAAUCUUGAUGUCUCUGUUUCUCUGUGCGUCACUCUGUUUUUCUUCUGUUUGAAUUGUCUGCUGAAGGAAGAAGAAGAGCACAAACGAAAGUCUUAUUGUUUGCUCGAUUGGGCUUAACAAGUACAAAAAGCCCUUUUAUCUCUUCUCUUUUUCAAUUAAUUAUUAUGGGCCUUUACAAUCACUAAGCCCAUUGGUUUUAAGGAAUGAAAGGCGAGCAGUUGGAAAUCAUUCCUCCACCUCUCCAUCGUCUUUUUUCCUCUUUCCUUCCAUAUCACCAUUUUUCCUUAACAGUCCAAAUCCCUAAUUUCCAACCACAGGUCGUUUUACAAUUGGUAUCAGAGCUUUACCUUGAGAGAGCUCACUACUGCCAAGGGAAUCGAUCCAUGGCUUCAUAUUCUUCGUUUUCGUUUGGUCCUGCUCCGUGGUUUACAGGUUUGAACUACACGGCAUGGAAAAGACGGAUGCAGAACUUUCUCUGGGGAAUCGAUGAAGGUCUAUGGUCCACCGUCCGUGAUGGGCCACUUGAAAUGAAUCUCGAGGAGCACAAUACAUGGACGGCCGAACAGAGGAAGAGCGCACAUCUAAACUGUCGGGCGAUGCACAUUCUGCAAUCGGCAAUGUCACUAGAUGAAGCAGACAAAGUUGAGCACUGUGAGUCAGUGAUGCUCUAAAACACAACACCAAACUGCGACCAAGUAUAAUCGCAGUCCGGGAAUGCAGUAAAGUGACAAGUUAUAUUAUCAACCCGGGGUCUAGAUUUACUGCUUACUCAGUGAUUCUCUAUUAUCUAGCCAACUAAGUUAAGUGUUUGUUGUGUAAAAGCAAAAGCAGAAAGAAAGCAGGAAUUGAUAUGGUUUUCUCAAGCAGGUAAGAGUCACUCGGGAAUGAGUCCCCCUAGCUCCUUAGUUAGGUUUCAAUUGUAUUUCCCUGGGUUGAUUUACUGUUGAUUAGACUGCGGAAGAUCCGGCAGUAGCUUGGAAUCUCUUAAGCUGACCAAGCCCUCUCAGUCUAACUACCCGGCAGACGACUAGUCUUCACCGGGAUAGAAAGCUGAAGCAGUAAGAACAGAACUCUACUACUGGAAUUGGAUUCCAGUACAAAGCAGUAAACUGGCUAACUCUCGUAUAGCCAAUCUCCUACUACCGAAUGAUGAGACUCUAGCAACCUAAUCAGAUUCUAUCUAUCUCAUAUUGCAGCAGGAAUCAGGAAAAGUUGAUCAGACUUCAAUUGACUCAAUAAACAUGCAUCAUUCUAUUAAAAUCAAACAGUAAUAUCAUCCCAAGUCAUUACAAUCAAAUCCCUAACACAUAGAACUAGGGUUCUUCAUCCCCAAGUGAGAGAGGGUUCUACUCCAUAGAGAGAGAGAGAGAGAGGAAAACAAGAUACAAAGCAGUCAUACUCAUAAUUAUGGGAAGAAUCUGCUCUGGGAUGAUGAUUUCCACUCCUAUGACGAUCUCCAAGCUUGAUCUGAUGAAACCCAGCUCCAAGAUAGCUUCUAGGAUGUGUUCUUCGUCCUUUCUCUCUCUAGGGCUCUGUUUUUGCUCAAAUAUCCGAAUGCCUCUUCCUUGGCUCGAAUCUGCCUUCAAAAACCCAACUCUGGGCGAAAUACGGGCAGAAUUACGGCCAUAAUCACGGCCUGCCCGUAAUUCGUCCAAAACGCGCGUUUCACUUUACUCUGAUGGAAGAGGAGCUACGCCCGUAAUUUCACAAUUACCGCCAGUAUUUCAUUAAUUACGGUCGUAAUUUGGUGGAUGCUUGCCCGUAAUUUUAGUGCCGAGAAGAAUUCUUGGGAAAAGUGGCUCGGCAUUGGUUUUACGGGCAUGUCCUGACCAAUUACGGUCGUAAUUUGGCAGGGGCUGCCCGUAAUUUGUCCUGUGAGUCACCAUCUGACCUCCAAAUGACCCGAAACUUGCGCAUAUGCACCUCUUUACUUGCUAGGACCUGAAAUACGACAAAACAACACAACCUAGCGUAAAAUAGGCCAAGGAACAAUCAAUUCAAGCUGAAAUGGACAGGAAACCAGAGUGAAAACACGUGCAAAUACGAUGCUAUCAGUCAGCCAUGGAGAUAUGGGCAAGUCUGGAAAAGACUUAUGAAGGGACAUCAACCAUCAAAGACACCAGAAUUGACUUACUCAUGCACAAUUACGAGGCGUUUGACAUGCAAUCAGGUGAGGGUAUCCACGAAAUGUAUUCUCGUUUUACAAUAUUGAUAAAUCAGCUCAAAGGGUUAGGAAAAACUUUUCAAUCAAAGGAGAUAAUUCGAAAUAUCUUAAGAUCUCUUCCUAAGGAAUGGUUGCCUAAACGGACAACCAUAGAAGAGGCAAAAGAUUUGAGCACUCUUUGUGUGGAUGAACUGAUAGGGUCUCUGCUUAGUCAUGAGCUUGUUAUUAAACAAAUCGGGAAGGAUGAUAGAAAGCAUCGUGACAAAUUAGCUUUUAAAUCCCAAGUUCAUGAAUAUGAGUCUGAUGAUGAACUUAGCAAUGAAUUUGAUAGAGAAUUUGCCCUUGUUAGUAAGAAAUUUCAUAGAAUGCU